CCUCUGCGAAGCCCGCAAAGCUUUAUGGGUAGGUUUACCAACGUCCUUGUCCCGACCAAGCGCACAGCGACUGCCUUCACGCAAGGGGCUUGAGGAUCUCUGUCAUUCCCUUGAACCUUAAUAAAAAUCUGACUAACCGGACAUGAUGGCAGCACGGUUUCUCCGCCGCUCCCUCCCCGCGCUGAGGCAGGCUCGCUCCUACGCCGAGGCCGUGUCCGGAGCCCCGCAGAUGUCCUUCACUUUCGCCUCCCCGACACAGGUGUUCUUUAACGGGGCCAACGUGAAGCAGGUGGACGUGCCCACGCUCACCGGCGCGUUCGGCAUCCUCCCGGCCCACGUGCCCACCCUGCAGGUGCUCCGGCCCGGCGUCGUCACGGUCUUCACCGACGACGGCCCCGCUGCCAAAUACUUUGUGAGCAGCGGGUCAGUAACGGUCAACGCUGAUUCUUCAGUACAACUGCUAGUUGAGGAGGCAGCUCCUCUGGACCAGCUGGACAUUGCUGUUGCCAAGGCCAACCUGGAGAAGGCCCAGUCCGAAAUGGCCGCCACAUCCGACGAGGCGGCGAGGGCGGCGGUUCAGAUCAGCAUAGACGCCAACGAGGCCAUCGUCAAGGCUCUGGAGUAGACCUGUGGUAACCUUUUUCUGUUUCUUUGAUGGAAAUUAAUGGUCCACCUGUGUUUCCUGCUCAGUCACGUCAGUGUCCAGAAGAUUCCAUACUUGCUUUGUACAGUGGAUGAAUUACAAAAUAAAUUUAUUUGGAAAUACCUGCUUUGUGAA